UGCACGUGUGAGGAGAAGAAGAAGAAAUCACCAUGGAAGAAGCACCGCAACAAUUACCACAGGCCGGAGAAGCCGGAGAACUGCAGCCGGAUGCCGACAAUCCAGAGCAGCCACAACAGCCACCGCAACCGGCACCGAGGCGUCGUCGGCGGGGGAGGCAGUGGAAUAUGCUUUUCCUAUACGAUGUCCUCGUGUUUGUCGUUACUACUCUUCACAACCUGAUGCCCGUUGUGGCAGCUCCGGAUGUCGACCACUGGUGCCAUCAGCCUGAAGAGGACCUCGUUCUCACGGUCGAGGAGUGGAAGAACAUGAGCAUCCCAAGGCGUUGGGAUGGCAGCUACGAUCGUUGCUUCAUGUACAGGAACAUCACGGCGGAUGACCAAAGGCUCAUCCCGUGCACCACUUGGGACUUUGACAACUAUUACACUAUUGUGAGUGAGUGGAACUUGGUGUGCGACCGUAAAGUACUGUUGUCAUUAGCACUAUCAGUCUACGUAUUGGGAUCGGUGAUCGGUACCUUGAUGGCUGGCAUCGCCUCUGACAAGAUAGGACGUAGGCCAGUAGUCUGCUGCUUGGUUGUCGUGCUUGAAGUGUGCGGGCUUGCAGUGUACAGUACAAACGACUUCAACACGUUUACGGCACUGCGCUUCUUCGUUGGCUUCGGUUGCAUGGGAGUAUACUCCAUAACCUACGUACUGUUAGCAGAAGUGGUGGGCCAUGAACAGAGAAGCGGUUACAUCAUAAAUGUGCAGUAUGGCUUUGCGGUUGGCAUCACGAUGGUCAACCUCAUGGGAGAUCUUGCCCUUGAUUGGCGAAGUUACCAAUUGACCGCCAUGAUGCCCACUGCCGUGUUAGUCAUCGGUUUCCUUGUUGUACCGGAGUCACCACGUUGGUUAGAAAUGCAAGUGGCACAUAAAGCAGAAAGAGCGGCUGCCAAAUUUGACGUAGAAGCUCAAAGGAGACGACGAAAACGUAAACUCUUUCUAUCCACGAGAUUGCGUCUGCUGAUGUCCAAGGAGCUGCGCUUUGUCAGCAUCGCCCUGUACUUUACCUGGGCAACUUGUACUACAACGUUCUACAUGUUGACGUUCAGCGAGGAAGUGCCCACUGGAAUGCGUGCGAUCUACACAAUAUUCACGGGUCUUCUACCGAUCCUCACGUCGGCAAUAACGGUGGAGUGGAUCGGUCGAAAAAUCACCAUUGUCGCAGCCCUCACUGUGGCCAGUGUCCCGCUCAUGCUAAUGGCUCUCAUGUCACAACUGAAAUUGACCGGGCGCAUCAGCGCAGGUUUUUACACUGGACUAACAUUGACAGCGCAGAAUACCGUGUUGAUCGCCUACGCUUCCAUCCUGCUGUACACAGUGGAGCUGUAUCCAACCGACGUGCGCUGCAUCGGGUUCUGUCUCACCGUCAUCAUCGGCCGUGCCGCGAUCACCCUUAUACCCUUCGUGCAGUUGGGCUCCCGAGCUGUACAAUAUGUCCUCAUCGGUUCGACGUGCCUGUUCUGCAUCCUCCUGCUGAGCCCACUGCCUGAAACGAGAGCAGUUGCCCUGCCAGACGCUGAAUCCAGGGGGGACAUAUUGAAGAAGAAGAAGAAAAAGAAGACCCAGAAAGGUGCAAGGGCCAAGCAGGGGUCCGACAUCGGGAGCCACGGAGGUGUACCAGGUGUACUUUCCCCGCACUUGUCAGACGUUGAGGGUAGCAUGGAACGCCACGUGGAGAAGCAUCACGCAAAACAGAAAGGGCAUAAAUCACCACAUCAUCACCACCAUGAAAAAAACGCAUCCAAAGGCAUCCUGAGUCCGCAAAAGGCAUCCUGAGUCGCCUCAGGAUGCCUGUGUUUUGUGUAGUGUACGCUGAUACUUUCAUACAGGUCUUUCAAGUUUAUGGCAGUGGUUUACCCUCGCGUGCCAUAUGUAAUACAUACAUGGAAUAUGUCCCAUAUACACAAGAAAACAACCCAAAGAGAUACUAGGUAUACUGAGAAUCCUUACCACGGGUUCCCCUGUUUGUACUGCAAAGUGGAGUGCUAUGAGAGAAUCAGUAAAUUUGUCUGAAUG